GUAGUAACCUUUCUCAUUCCAGACAGUGAAGGCUCCCGUAUAUAAAGUCUCGAUAGGCGUCUGCGAGAACUCAUUUUAACACCGUUGUUCACAAUAUACUACGUGCUGUAUUCUGUGCUGCUACUUUGUUCGUGAAAAGGUACAACAAUGGCAAUGAAAUUGGCUUACUGGGAUAUUCGCGGGCUUGCUCAGCCCAUUCGUCUGCUCCUGGAGUACACUGACACUAAAUAUGAGGACAAGUUCUACACCUGCGGAGAAGCCCCAAACUAUGACAAAAGUUGCUGGUUUGAUGAGAAGCACAAACUGGGCAUGGACUUCCCCAACCUGCCGUAUCUGGAGGACGGAGACAGGAAGAUUGUCCAGAGCAAUGCCAUCAUGAGAUACAUCGCACGCAAGCACAACCUCUGUGGGGAGAGCGAAGACGAGAAGGUUCGUGUGGACACUCUGGAGAAUCAGGCGAUGGACUUCCGGAACGGAUUUGUGAUUAUGUGCUACACAGACUUUGACAAGAUGAAGCCAGGCUACACAGAGAGACUGCCCGGAACACUGAAGCAGUUCUCAGAGUUCCUAGGAACCAGGAAGUGGUUUGCUGGUGACAAGAUCACCUUUGUGGACUUCAUCAUGUAUGAGCUUUUGGAUCAACAUAUAAUGUUUGACGCCAAGUGCCUGGACGACUUCAAGAACCUACAGGAACUUGUAGACCGCUUUGAGGCUCUGGAGAAGAUUGCAGCCUACAUGAAGUCAAACCGCUUCAUAAAGACUCCUGUCAAUAACAAGAUGGCCAAGUGGGGCAACAACAAAGAGUAAAGAAACCAAUGACUGGAACACAUCAAUCAUAUGAUUUAGAUAUAGGAGAGUUAGUUCUGCAGCCACUGGGGGUCGUGGGACCUGUAAAGACAUCUAGGAUUUAGACCUGCAGGUACGGAGUAUGCUGGAUGAAUCAUUUGAUAAAUUAGCUACUCUUAAGGUUUACACAGGCAGCCCAAUUCUGUUCUUGAAUCCCAUUUUUAGUGGCAAAAUAUCAGAAUCUGGCUGCCUGUGUAAAUUUGCUUCCAUGCCAAUACUCAACCAGUCUUUGGAUUUGAGUGAGUGACUAAUGUUUGAAUGGCUAAAAGCAUUUACUGUCCUGACUUGUGAUUUUGUUUUUUACCUUUUUUUUGGGGGGGGGGGGGGGGG